AUGAUCUCAAUAGCUCGCGACAGCUUUUGCCAGUAUCAACACAUCAAAGACAGCGGGGUUUUAUUGCCAUCACUCAGGCUCAUAACCCUCCGAGGAGUCACGAGAAAUCAGCACGUGCACGAGGCAGCCGCCCUCUUCAAGGCCGCACCCAAUCUCAAGGUACUCAACUCCAUGCAAUGCAGCCUCUUUGACGGUCUCAGUCCAUGGAUUAUGAGCAAACCAUGGACAUUAUCUCUGGGUAGUCUCAAGAGGCUGGUGCUAAGCGAGAUCGGGUUUGAAGACCUUUCUCUGCUCCUAGCCUGCUGCCCAGAACUACGGGAGCUGGAACUGACGGCUGUCAACAUCCAUCGGACGGCGGGUAUCGACUACUGGGAUGUCUCCAAACUGUUGCAAACUUUGGUUCCUGUACGACAUCAACUUCGGAAGCUCCGCCUCACCCAUUCCCCGAGCCAACGGUCUGGCGCGGAACAGAGACAGUGGACGGAUGAGACAUCCCUGUCGUUUCGAGACUUUGUCCAGCUUGAAGAGUUGGCUUUCGACCAGACCAUGCUCGAGUACCACACGAGGCCUGCGGCUUUUGACGAUGAGAUACCCCUGGGGUACAAAGUAUCCGAUAUGUUUCCGGGAUCACUGCAAAAGCUACAGCUUUUGCACGUGAAGAAAGAAUCUCUGAAGGAUCUGAAGCACCUUGCUGGAAAUGCCAGCUAUCGAUUGCCGUCUUUGAAACUCAUUCAUAUCAGUUUCGCAGACGGCAUAGACAAGAGAGAUGUAGGGUACAACCGCAUAGAUGACAUCACGGUGGCGUUGCAAUCGGCUGGCAUGAGCGUGCUCUGGGACACAAAUCAUGUCAGCGAAAAGCCGUUAGAACCUAUUCCAGGCGGCGUAACUGCACUUACGUCGUUCCAAGUAUCUUCAGCAACGGCAGGUAUCGAUAAAUUAGCUUUGUGA